GAGAAUGGAGGUUGGCCGCCCCAUCUGCACUUCCAACUCUCCUUACAACAGCCAACGACCCACGAUAUGCCCGGAGUGGUUGCGAAGAAAGAUCACGACGAGGCUCUUCGGCUCUUCCCCGACCCUCAGCUGGUCGAGAAUUGGCAUCUGGACGUGUGUGUUAGUGACGAGCUGCAGGUGUUGGGUAGGCUGUAUCCGGGAGAUGGACCCUUUCUUCCCUAA